AUGACACAUAGAGGAGAGCGGAUAGAUAAGAUGAGUCUCUGGAAGAGGGCACACAACCUGAAUGAUCCUGAUGUGGUGGCAAUUGUGGAGGAAUAUAAUGUGCAUCUUUGGAAAGUUCCUAAGGAGCAACAUACGAUUGAGUAUUGCGAUGAGAUUUAUCAUAAAAUCGUUGGAAAUGAUGGACAUGGGUAUUGCAAGACGUAUGGGAGAGGAGUGCCCUGGAGUGCGGUGUAUGCGCGAGGCAGCGGUCCAUCCCAAUCAUUAGCAGCCCCUUCAUUUUUUGAUGAGAUCACACAGCGUGUGACACAAGACGUUGAGUCUAGGUUCACUACGACGAUCAAGAACCUAACGGCACGCGUUUUGUUCUUAGAGUCACAGGGUGUGGGUGGGACUGAUCUUGGUGGAUGGACUCGAAUUGUUGUUGAGAAGCCAUUUGGCAAGGAUUUGGACUCGUUUGAGCAACUGAGUGCACAUAUUGGAGAGUUAUUUGAUGAACAACAGAUUUAUCAUAUUGAUCAUUAUUUGGGAAAGGAAUUGGUGCAAAACUUGUUGGUACUUCGUUUUGCAAAUCGCUUUUUCCUGCAACUGUGGAAUCGUGACAACAUUGACAAUGUACAGAUUGUGUUUAGGGAGGAUUUUGGAACUGAGGGUCGGGGUGGAUAUUUUGAUGAAUAUGGAAUCAUUCGUGAUAUUAUUCAAAAUCAUCUAUUGCAGAUUCUUUGCCUAAUUGCUAUGGAGAAGCCUAUUUCUCUUACACCUGAGCAUAUUCGAGAUAAGAAAGUGAAGGUGCAUCAAUUAGUUUCUUAUGUCUUCUACUGA